UGGGGAUUCCCUGAAUGUUCUGAAAGCUAUCUUCCUCAUUGCCACACUACCUCUGUUGGAACGACAACCUUCACCUUUAAAACUCACCCAGAAUAUACCUACACCAGUACGUUAUAUUCCUUCAUGGGAUGAUGGAGGACAAUCCGAACAUUGACCAAAUAUUCAUUUAAAUCAAUUAAAGGACAGAGACCGACAAUGAGUUCGACAGGGGAAACGUCAGCAGAAAAUACUUUCGGGCACCUUCACAGUCAUGACAGUCUGGCCACAGAAGAGGUACAUUUCAGGAAAGUCGAAGGGAACAGACUUGUGAAGCUUGGACGAUGUUGCACCAUAGUCGACAUCCAUUUACUGGACAUGGGUGCACAAGAUUACGAUCGCGACCAAGACCAAAGACUCCUCACGUUCGUCUGGAAUGAUCUUAAACUGUCAGCGACACCAAUAUUUACCCAGCUGCAAUUUAACAUCAGUUAUUUCCACCCUUCGUUCCAAGAAUCUUUGCGUACAGGUCUUCAAGAGGACAAUUUCAACCACUGCAGAAAGUUUGUUGCAAAUGUAUAUAAGGAAUACAAGGCAAUGGUAAUUGGCGUCAUUCCAAAAACGACUCUUUUUGAGGUGGUGCACGAAGAUGAAUGUUCACUGCAAAAUAUGUUGGAAGGAAAGAAUAACCUAAAACACUUGUUCAAAGAUUUGGUUUUUAACUGCACAAAAACUGUACCGGAAGUAUCGUUGGAUAUUGUUGCAACUGGUGAUGCAGAAUACCUGAGGGACAACAUGGACGCGGCAACUCGAGACGAUCUUGAAAGACAACAAUCAUAUGCUGAGGAACAAAGCAGAUCUCUUGCCACUUCAUAUAUGAGGUCCACUGGCAUGACGAGGGGAUCAUCGCAGGAGAAUCAGAGGAAUAUUGGUCAAUAUUUACGUACUGGUGAUUCCGAUGGUGCUGAGAGUGAACAACUGAAUCAAAUCCUUAGUAUAGUGACAAGUAUUGAGGAAGAUCUGAAAAGGAUAAAAUCAAAGCCCACGAAGAGACCACCAUCCCCAUCCCCCUCUACAUGGGAAUCACGUCGGCCUCUCGAGUCACAGAUGAAACAGCUGCAGCUGGAGGUUCGUGAUCCAAAUUCAUCUUCCCCAUCCUCCUCCAUACGAGAUCCAGGUUCGGAUUUCGAUUCAGAAACGAAACGGCUUCAUCUGGAGGUUCGUGAUGCAGAUUCAUCUUCACAGUCAUUCGUUGAACAAGAAGGGGGAAACAAAGCAGACAGUGAAGCAAAAUCGCUCGAAGUUUUCAAGGGUGAUGACGCAGUUGGUGACUACGUAAAAUCGUUACCAAAACUGGAAUAUAAACCAGCCUGCUCGGAUCAAACCAGUGCAGAUCAGAAGAAAUUAACUUCACCAUCAUUCCGAUCCAAAGAGUCAUCCUCCCCGGUGACUGCUUUUUCGCCAGAUCGGAUGCCAGUUCAGAUGAAAGAAGGCACCAUAUCUCAAGGUAUGCUGACAUUGAUAAGGCAGGCUCGAGGUGGCGGGGAUGGUGAAGAUCCACAGAUACUGAGACUGAUUCAAGCUGUCGAAACAGCAAAGAUUGAUGAUGUGCCAGUUCCUCCAAGAGCUGAUUCACUGGAUACAAUAUUAUGUCUGGAUGCAUCAGAGAGCAUGAGAGAAAGAUUAGAAGACGCGAAAAGGAUUGCUCACACAUUUGUAGAUGGCUUAGAAGACAUUGCAGAACAGUAUGGCCUUGAAGAAAAUGUAGCCGUGGUCAGGAUAUCUGACUAUGCAUGUGUUAUCCAACAUCUUACAAAUGACUUCACAAGAGUCAGGGAUGCUAUAGAUUCACUUAAACCUCAAGGUAGAUCACCCUUCUUUGAAGCUCUGAUGGUUUGUCUGGCAUCUUUACAAGGAAAAGGGCGAGUCGUGAACGUAGCUGGGUUUCACAAAAUUCGACCAAGGGUGUUGUUUAUCACAGAUGGAAAACCUACCGAUGAAGCUCAAUGGACAGGACCAGACAAUGAUUCAGGGCGUAUGUCGCAUAAACUGCCUAUUAUUCGACUGGUCACUGACUUUGGAUCCAAGAAACACGACAAAACACCCAACCCAAUAAUAUGGAUUCCAGUCGGAGAAGAUGCAGAUAAGGAAUUCUUGAAAUCACUUGCGACAUUGGGAAAUGGACUUCUGGCAGAUGAAAAGGAUAUCCCCAAACUAUGCCGCUACUACAGAAUACAGGAGGGUAUUGGGAAAGUGGCCAGCUGUGUUCUGCGUGACAAGGAACACUACGAGAACGUACCAGGAGCUGUUGAAGCUGUGGCUGAAGGCCUCUUGCCGAAUCUAUUACCGGAGGAUAAGAGAGACAUUGUCGUCGCUGUCAACGAGAAGAUAAAAACUCACAAGUCCGAGGGUAAACCUGAUGAUUUUGAAGACAUUUACGAAGAUGUCAAAUUGUUUCCCCCUCUCGGAUCAAGAGUUAUCCGAGGUCCUGAUUGGAUGUGGAAAAACCAAGACACUGAGGGGCCUGGCACAAUCAUUAACCAUAACCGUCUUGACAAAUGGCUGUGGGUGAAAUGGGAUAACGGGGAGCAGAACGUGUACAGGUACGGCGAAGAAGGCAACUACGAUGUUCUUCUUGCGGAUGGCCUACCCCGCAUACCAGAUUCAGAUGACAUACAAAUAGGGGUCCGAGUAACGAGAGGUCCACAUUGGUACACUGACGACGAGGAUGGAGGCCAAGGAAGAACCGGCGUUGUAAUCAGGAAGAGAGGGAGAGCCGAGGUCAAGGUCAGAUGGGACAACGGCAACAUAAAACGCUAUAAAUAUGGCCUUGACGAUGUGUUUGAACUACAUGUGUGUGACCCUAACCAGUUUCUUCCCGAACCACCUAUACCCGAGCACUUACUGGAACCAGACCCACCAAAACCACCCAAAAUCGGAACGCUGAGACGUAUGUCCAAUGAACACAUUGUCUGGCAGUGGCAGGACGAGGUGGGUCAAUGGAGACUAUACCCCGAGUCUCUCCAGACGAAAAUAUCAAACGCAUUCGACAGACGGAAAGGUGGCUCGUGUUUAGUAUCAAAAGAUGGACACAACUAUAGAAUAAUGUUUAAUAACAUGAGUGAGAGAGCUGUUGAAGGAGAUACCCGGCACAACGUACAGCGUUUAUCCGUUACAGAAGAAGAACUAAAAGCCAUGAAAGAAGCAGAGCGACACAUCCAUUUCUAGAUGGCCGCUUAUGAUGUCUGACAGUUACUGGUUUGACAUUGAAAAGGGAUUAUCACAACUGUUAUUAUGAGUUGAGAAAGGACAACUACUGGUAUGUGUUGAGAAAGGACAACUGCUAUUAUGUGUUGAGAAAGGACAACUGCUAUUAUGUGUUGAGAAAGGAUAACUGCUGGUAUAUGUUGAGAAAGGACAACUACUGGUAUGUGUUGAGAAAGGACAACUGCUGGUAUGUGUUGAGAAAGGACAACUACUGGUAUGUGUUGAGAAAGGACAACUGCUGGUAUGUGUUGAGAAAGGAUAACUGCUAUUAUGAGUUGAGAAAGGACAACUACUGGUAUGUGUUGAGAAAGGACAACUGCUAUUAUGUGUUGAGAAAGGACAACUGCUAUUAUGUGUUGAGAAAGGACAACUGCUGGUAUAUGUUGAGAAAGGACAACUACUGGUAUGUGUUGAGAAAGGACAACUGCUGGUAUGUGUUGAGAAAGGACAACUGCUGGUAUAUGUUGAGAAAGGACAACUACUGGUAUGUGUUGAGAAAGGACAACUGCUGGUAUGUGUUGAGAAAGGAUAACUGCUAUUAUGAGUUGAGAAAGGACAACUGCUGGUAUGUGUUCCAAAAGGACUGAUCACAAUUACCAGCAUUUGUUGUGAAAAGACUGAACUAUUAUGGCGAAUGUAAUAAUAUGAUUGUUCAUAUUGGAUAUAAAUUGGGAUGAUAUCUUUUGUGAUGCCUCAAAAUAUUCGCUUAGAUUUAUCAACUGUUAAUAUUCACACUCGAAAUAUUUUAGGUUGUCAUGUUACUCUUUGUAUCAAUGUGCACAACAGUGCUCAUAGGGUCCUUCAACUUUACAUGUAGGCAGGCGUUGUUUUAUAGUAAUAUGAUGGUCACACGGUAGUAGCUUAUUUAGUCUUAAAAUGCUCAACAAUUGCAUAUGCACAAAGGGUGUGUGUUGGUAGGUGGGUGGUUUUGGUUGGAGGUGAGUGUUGAGACCAAAUGCAUGAUUGAAAUAGUAUCAAUAGUCUCCAUAAAUAUUUAUAGGAAAUUUCGCCAUAAUUUGUGUGAAGAAAUUUCAGGGGCAGAAUUUGGAUUUCAAAUGUGUUUGUUGAAAUUUUCAGAGAAAUCUACGGGCCCAUCUUCAGCCCAAUAAAACAAUAAGACACUGUAAAUCAUUAAGAGACUAUUUAUAUAAGAAUAGGAUUACAGAUACAAUUUCUUUUGAGUAUAUACAUAUCCAUUGCAUACAACAUAACUAUAUUUAUACAUAAGCUGCACGUUACGAAAAUCCUAUUUACAAAUCAAUAACUCGUGAAAGUGUAUUGGUGUAUGCAAAUCGUAUUGUACCUUAUGCCAAUUAAGAUACUAUAAGAUACUUUUUUAUUACCCGAUUUGGGAAUUUGGUUUACAUUUAAGACACACAUAUACAUCUAUUUAUCUUGUGUGAUGAAUGUGUCAUGACAGUGAGAUAAUUGUCAUGAAUCAAUUGUGUAUGUAAGAAAACUAAAUGUACAUGUAAAUGUAUAUUCGAAUUAAUAAAUAAAUACAUGAGUGAAUAAUACCUGUUGUUCUAAUCUGUUGAUAAUAUCACUGCAUGAAUGGUACUCAUUCAGAUAACAACGUUCACACUGUCUGCGUUUCCAGAGGGCCAUGCCAUUCCUGUAGAGGGGAUGGCAUUUUAAUUCUUAUGUUUGAUUAAUUGAUCUUUGGGUCUGUGCGACAUUUAAUUAAAUACGCGUUUAAAUCUUAUCGAACAUUUAACGGUAACUUACGAUUUUCCAUCCUAUGAUUUUCUCCACAUUUGUAUGUCUGUGGGGCGUCACAAUGUAAAUUUACCCUAACGACAAAACACAAUUUACGUAUUGUUUUCUAAGCGUUAGCAACUUUUGUUUAGUGAGUUGAAUUUUCAAUUGCAUAUGACAGACACGGUGCCGUUUUCUAUGAACAUAUGAUAAUUCAAACAGGCGAAAC